AUGGGGGCCUUCAACCCUUACACGCAGAGCGUGCGUUUCUUCGAGACGGAUGGCCAGACCGAAAUUCAGAUCCCAAUUCCUCUCAUCGACGCCUUCAACGAAGAGUCUGUCAGCAUCAGCAUCAACUAUGGCACACAGCUGGGAGCAUGUGUUAUUAUGCUGCUCGUCCUCCUUAUUAUGACUCCUAUGGACAAGAUCCGCCGGCCAUCUACAGUCCUCUACAUUAUCGCCUUGGUAACAUGCACGAUACGGAUGGCCCUCUUAUGCUCGUUCUUUCCCUCGCCAUUCAAUGAGUUCUACAACUACUGGGCGGGGGACUAUUCUUCAGUUGGACAGCGUCACUUCAACGUCAGCGUGGCCGGCAAUUGCUUCUCUGCACUUCUCGUCAUCUCCAUCGAGGCAGCGCUCAUGAAUCAGGCCUGGACCAUGGUUAGACUAUGGCCCAAGGUUGCCAAGUACUGCCUCGCCAUUUUGUCAGCUGUGGUCACGCUGUUCACCAUCGUAUGGCGCUUGGUCUACACAGUGGUUCUCACUCAGUCGGUCUUUGCUGCCGAAUCUGCUCGGCCAUAUCGAUGGGUGGUGCAGUGGGCCAUCAUAACCAACGCGGUGUCCAUUUGUUGGUUCUGCGCCUUGUUCAACCUGAAACUGAUCCUCCACUUGAUCUCGCACCGCAGCAUACUACCCAGCGCUCGGUCUUUAAACCCCAUGGAUGUUCUGGUUAUGACAAACGGCCUAUUGAUGAUCAUCCCAGUCAUCUUUACCGGACUCGAAUGGGGUCAUUGGGCUAAUUUUGAGUCCGCAUCACUGACACUUACAUCUGUCACUCUCAUCCUCCCCUUGGGCACGCUCGCUGCUCAGAGAUUCACCCAGUCCUAUGGACUAGAAUAUGGACCCUCUGCCGACAAUAGCCACAUCAUCGUCCCUAUGAGCACUCAUGGCUCACAUCGCCCCCUGAAGGACGCUUCGAGCAUUACCAACAGUAGCCGGGCGGGCACUACUCCACAGAUCUCAGUUUCAUCAAGGUGCGAGGGCGGCAUGGCAGGGAAUUCAAGAUUCAUUGAACCUGUGGAUGUCGAACUGGGUCAAAUCGAUGACGCAAGCGCUUACAACACCGCAAGCCGCGUGCGAGUGGAUCGAGAGUUUGAGCAGCGCGAGGAACGCCUCUGA